GUAUUCCAUCUUCCUUGACAGCAGCGACAUGGAGAUGAAGUUGUCCUUGAAGGCUCAAGCUUUGGGUGGGGCAGAGGCAGCGCCGGACUUUUCAUGGCGACAAGCUUUGCAGCCGAGUAAACACUGGUUGUGGGAGCGCUGUGCCAUCGGCGCGGCGCCCUUGGCACUCCGCUGUCCACCCAGCGCGCCGGGGAUUGAACCCGGGGUCGGUGGCUCAGGACGGCCGCCUUUUCCACGAGACAGCACCGGGCCAGGAGACACGGAGGGAUUGAGACACGGGGCGCGCGCUUUGCCAUUGGUGCUGCGUUGUUUGCACCCGGCACCGCCAGGGAUUGAACACGAGGCUCGCUGGGUCAGGAGAAGGGAAGAGAAGGGUGCAGAUAGAGGCAAGGACCGUGAUGCGCAGAUGCCAGCAGAGAACCGCCGCGCGCGCUUUGCCAUUGGUGCUGCGUUGUUUGCACCCGGAGAAGGGAAGAAAAAGGCAGGCAAGGACCGUGAUGCGCAGAUGCCGGCAGACAAUCGCAGACUCGAAGCAGAGGCAAGCAGGGUCAUGAUUCUCACGGCGUGCCUGGCUGGAGGAAGCAUAGGUAUAGCACCCACAAAGCUGACCGUCAGUCUGUGUGAACCCGAGGAAGAGAAGGAGGAGGAGGAGGAAUCAUCUGAAGCUCCAGAAGCCUCGCCCGAGGGCGACGACAUCGAG